UGUUGUGCACUAAGCGCUCCUCAGUUCCAGUCUGGAAUUCUCUAGGUGAUCUUAGGUAAGCUGCUCUCUCUUGGCCUCACCUGUAAUAUGGGGAUAAUAACUCACAGAGUUUUCCCUAAGGACUGGUGAUGUUGAGUAUGUGAAGCUUCUGGAGUCUGCUAAAAACACUAUAUGAAUGCUAAAUCUGAUGAUGACCUAGUGCAGAAUGUAUUUCCUUGCCGGAAGGGCUGUAGCAUAGUGGCCGAACAUCUGCUUUGCUUGGGAAAGGUUCCAGGUUCAAUUCCUGAUAUCUCUAGGUAGGGCUGGGAGAGAAUGCUGUCUGAAAUCCUGGAGGGCCACUGAUGGUCAGUAGACAACCCUGAGAUGGAUGGACCAAUCGUCUGCGUUCAGGGAACCUGAGCCGGUUGAAGAAUGCGUCCAGAGUACGCUGGCCGCCUUGUACCCCCCCUUCGAAGCCACUGCCCCCACCCUGCUGAGCCAGGUCUUCGAGGUGCUGGAGCGGACGUACCAGCACGACGCCCUGCGCUACACCCUCGACUUCCUUGUUCCUGCCAAGCACAUCCUGGCUCGCAUCCAGAGUGAAGCCUGUGCUCAGUAUAGUGGCUUUGUGUUCUGCCACGAGGGUUGGCCACUGUGCCUCCGUGAGAAGGUCCUAGUGCAGCUGGGCUCGCUGCCCUGGCAGCACCUCUGCCCUGGCGAUUUCUACCUGCAAGUGGUGCCUCACCGGGAGUGCUCUCCGCGUCUGGUGCUGAAAUGCCUGUCCCCAGAGGGCCGUGGCGUCCAGGAGCUGCCUGUGUCCUCUGACUCCUACCCCUUCCUUUUCACCGUCGAGUGGCUCAAUGGCAUCAACAAGGAACGCCGAGCAGGGCGCCUGGAGCGUUGCCUCCUGGCUGCUGGAGAGAAGGUGCUGAGCCUGCCCUGGCCGGAACUGGUCUACCCCCAGUUUGUGCACAAAGACGGGUUCAUUGUGGGCCAGCGGUGCCCUGCAGAUUUGCCUCCUGAGGUCCUGGGGGCCCGGAGCCCUGGAGACGGGCGCCAUUCCGGCAGCGAGAACCGGGAGUCCGAGGGGGAAUACGUUCACCUCCUGGAGGUCAGCCCCACCCUGCACCAAGCCCCCAGGAUCCCACAGCCUUGCGGUACCCAAAUCCAGACAAUGCCUACUCGCAAGGGGCACAAUAAGAGCAGGAGCCGGCGCCAUCGGGCCUGGCUCCACCACAAGUCUGGGUGUGGGGAGAACUUUGCCUUGCGCCAGGCCUGUAAAACCCAGGAGGCGGAGAGGUGCAGCCGAGAAAGCAGCGCUCGGGGGGAUAGGGUUGAGCAGCAGAGAGGAAAUCCUACUCUAGUCCUGGGUCUAGCAUCAGAAGCCUCUCAGGAAGUGGUGAGCUUGAGUCCUGGGCAACAAGAGCAAAACCAGAGCCCCUCUGGAACUCAGGCACGGGCGGCCAUUUUUGAUGUUGUUGUUGCUGCUGCUGCCGCUGCUGCCACUGAGGACACAGGACAAGGGAAAGCUGAGGUGCCAGGAACUGUCCACCAUGAUCCUGCUCGUUCCAAGGAGGACAGCAAUGAGAACCACUCUCCGGCUGCAGCCACACCAAAACGCACCUCCAAGGGAAACCGCAGGAAGAAAAAGGGGGCCGGGAGAGGAGGCGGUGGACGAAUUAGACAGGGGGUCGAUCCGGCUAGCAAAGAAGAAGCAGCUUCUACCGAUAUAAAAGAGCCCAGGAAAGAGGAAAUUUCUGUUGGUACAAGGGAACAGGAUUCGAGGAAUGCAGAAGCUGUAAUUAGCACCCAAGAGCAAGCAGCUAGCAUCGAGGACUGCUGUGUCAGCAUCGCAGUUUGCGGCAGCACCCAGGAGAGAAGUAGCGUCCCUGGGGAUCGAAGCCUUGUCGCCGGAGAGGAGGUUGUCAGUGCCAGUGAGUUGGCUGCUAGCACUGGAGAAUGUACUGUUGACACCAGGGAGCCAGAGGGUGAUGCAGAAAAGUGCUCUCUUUCUGUCGGCGAUGGUGGCAUUGGCACCAGCGGAAGGGGCAUCGGCAGAGAAGGUCCGAGCCUUUAUGCCGAAGAUCCAGCUGCUUCUGCUGAGACUGACGGACCUGCAGUUGGCAGAGAGGAACAGAGCAUCAGCCCCCCAGGGCAAGGGGUGGAUGGUACUGAAGGGCCUUGUAUGGGAGAAGAGGGCCUCCCCAUUAGCACCGAAGACGCAACGUUGAUCCCAUUGCCAAAGAAGAAGGAGCCGAGUGCUAAUGGGAGAGAGGAAGCCCUAAGUACUGCAGCUGAUCAGGGCGCAGAGGAAACACAGAAUUCCCCUCACCGUGCUGCAGUUCAUCUCGGGCAGGCUGUAGACUGGGCGCUUCUGCUGUCGGGUGUCUUUGCUCUAACAGGAGGAAUGGACAGGUCAGGACGGCCCUUGCUGAUUGUGGUGCCUCAGCCUCUUCGGGAUGAGCUGCCACCAGGACAAACUGAUCUAGUCAAUACCAUGAGAUACCUGUACUCCCUUCUCAGGCAAGAGCUGAAGGCCCGUGGGUUGACACUAUUGUUGGACCUGAGCCAGGUGGAUGACUGGGCCCUCCAGGCCCCUGUGCUGCUGCCGGCCAUUAGGACAUUCCAGGAGAGUUCUCCAGCCCCCAUCCGUCAGCUGCUGGUGAUAUUGCCACCUGAUGACCGUUUUGUACCCCACGAAGAGGAGCUGGCUUUGGAACCUGCUGCGGAGGUCAGAGUUCUCUCUCUUCCUCAACUGCCACAUUAUGUGGCUUUGGACCAGCUGACUCCGACACUAGGAGGGACCCUGAACUACUCAGCACGCAAAUGGGUUGAGGAACACCAGGCUCUUGAGCAACUGCAGUCACUCUGUCGUAGUGUCCUACAGGCUGUGUGCGAGGCCAGUGCCCACCUUGAAGCAGUGGGAACAGCGUCAAGUCAAGAGGAAGUGUCGGCCCAGAUCACCUUGCACCAAGAGACCAUGCAGAAGCUCCUCUCAGAGCCGCGCCUGCUGGAACUCCAGCGCCGUGGGGGGGCCUUGCUGGCACGGCUGCCCCCUCUGGGGCCCUGCAGUACAGAGGCUGUGGCUGCCACCAGGCUCUACCAAGAGGUAGACGAGGCCCUUCAUGGGCUGGUCCAGCUCAGCAACCGGCGCCUGGAGGUGCUGCAACAGGAACGGGAAAAUGCACAGGCUCAGGAGCAAACUCUGGAAAACAAGGCCCAUCUUGAAUCUACUGGCCACUGUGUAGAAGAGAAAAGGGAAGCAAAGAGGCCUGUCGUAGGGUUGGCUGAGGGGGCAUCACUGGAGAGGACACUGCUGCAGAGCCCCAAGUCCCCAGGAAGGAUGCAGCUCGUGCCAGAAGCUGGCUGUGCCCCACGGCCACGGGCCUGCAGCAUCAGUGCCUCCUCCUCACCCAAGCACGGCUGGGGCCUGGGGUCCAGAUUUGGCUCCUCUUGCAGCCUGACCUCCCUCUUCCAGCCGCACCCCAGCCCCAAGGCCUCGCCUUGCUGUUCUCCCACUCAAAGCGGCGUCCUGGAGAGUGGCAAGAAGAGGCAGGGCCUUCCCAGCAGCCCCAAAUCAUCUCUGUCCCCCGUCUCCCAGCUGGCUUUGCGGGCCUUGAGUGACCCUGGCCGCCCCAGCGUGCACAUCCGCGGCCUGGAGGUGAGCAGCCGCGAGCUGGCAGAUAGGAGCUGUUCUCCCCGUGAGCAUGUGCUGCUGAGCCGUAGCGGGACCCACGUUGCAGAAGCACCUUGGGGGGCCACGCCUCGCACGGAAAGAAGGCGCUGCCUUGGGGUCCAACAGCAACUUCUGGCUGAGCUGCUGGAGUGUGAGCGGGAGUAUUUGACCGCCCUUGCCCAGCCCCUCUCUCUGUCCCAAGAACCUGGGGGACAGGCCUGGCCGGCCGAACUGAGGUGCUUGGGCAGUGCUCUCCGGGCCCUGCGGGACCAGUUGCUGGCUUUCCAUACCAGCUACUUCCUUGGCGAGUUGGAGGGGUGCAUGAACCACCCGUCACGUGCUGGGGGCUGCUUCCUGCGACAUGGAGAUAAGCUUCAACUUUAUGCCACGUAUGCCAAAGAGCACCACAAGUUCCAGGCUGCCCUAUCUUUGCUUCGAACCACCAGCAAGAAGAGCCCGGCAGAGCUGCGUGACGAUGGGCAAACGGCGCACACGUUGCGUGUGCCCCUGGAGCAGCUGGAGCGGUACCGGCGCUUCCUGGGUGAGCUGCUGCGCGAAUGUGAGCUGGAGCGGGGGCCUGACCGCCAAGCCCUGCAGGAGGCCCAGCAGCUGCUGGAGGCCCAGGAGCAGCGAGGCAGGGACCUGCUGGCCGCAGAGCAGAUCCGGGGCUGCGAGAUGAAACUAUCGGAACAAGGGCCACUGCUGCAGCGUGGUGAGCUCACCCUGGUGUGUGGGCGACGUAAGUGCCAGCGGCAUGUCUUCCUCUUUGAGCGGCUGCUGCUCUUCACCAAGUGCAAGGGACCCGAGGGCGGCUACGUCUGCAAACAGGCCUUGCAGACAGCAUCCAUGGGGCUGACAGAGAGUGUGGGGCCUAGUGGGCUACGCUUUGAGCUAUGGUUUGGACGUGGACCAGGCCGACAGGCCUACACACUGCAGGCAGCCUCUGCUGAAGUGAAGCAUCAAUGGACAAAUGUUAUAGCCCAACUGCUAUGGAGACAGGCUGCCCAUCCGUCUGUCUCAAUGAGCAUAUCCUCCUGCCCUGCCCAGCGCCUGGCCCCUCUCGGCCUUAGUCCUGGGGCCCCUCCCGGGCUGUCGUUACCCGGCCACUUUGAGGAAGAGGAAUGGGACCUGGAUGUCAAGCCCAUCCCAAGGGCCGAGACGUCUGAGUCCGAUGGACCCUCCCCAAGCCACCAAGAGCUACCUAGGCAAGGAAGAGGAUCGUUGCCCGGCAGCAGCACUGCUUUGGGGCACCCCCAGUCGCACUGGGUGUGGAGUCUACACCGGAAGCUGUUCUCCCCAGGCAGCCGUGGAAGGCAGGACUCAAACCCCAGGAACUCUGGGAACAGAACUGUCUGAGCCCCACCAAACCUUGGAGAUGGGGCAUGAAUGGGCACUAAUGUCAAGCAGUCCUAUGACCUGCUCCUACCAAGACUCCUGAUGGCUGUCCCAUUCACCCCCCUCUGCUACCAUCCCACAGGAACACCCAGACAUGGGCUGCAGUCUACCUAGGGAUGGCUCUGUCCUAUUCCUGGCAGUACCCAUCCAGUGCCUUUUCCACCAUUUUUUCGGGCUGCAAAAUACUGGAGAUUCUUGACCAAGCUGAUGUGGUUGGUAGUGAAAUGGUUGUGUAUUAGGCAAGGAAGGCCAAACCAAUGAGCUCUGGGCUGACCCAAACUAAAGUGCAGACUAGGAGGAAACUCAGUGGAGUCACUGACCGAGUGGGGUGGUUUCCAGACAGUGUUGAACUACUCAUUUGCCUGGUGCCCUGCCUCUGAUCACAGCUUCAAUCUCUUGCCCAAUUGGUAUUCUGAUCGUUUUGAUGGGAGAUGGAAGGAAGAAUCUGGGCUGCAGUUGCUAAGCAACUACAGUAUGCACUCCCCAAACCAUGUCCAGGUUAGCCCAAGAGGAAAAGGAGAAGGUGGGUCUGGAUUGCAUGGUGAAUCAAUAUAAGACACAAAACCACCUUCAUCCAGAGAUGGAGUUCAGAGGCAGCCCCAGCCGAAAGGAAAGGCAUGAUACAGCAAUAUUCAUAAUGUUAUGGAGGUUCACAUAAUACAGCUCUCCUAGGACUGUACCACUUUAGAUUGCAGAUGGGUAGCGUGUUUGCAUACCCCCACAUAAAGAAAACUAGUAUGCCGAGGAGAAGGGCUCUAACUUAAGUCAUCUCCCUGGUGUGCUGUUUCCUUAAAAUAUGUAAAGAGUUUUGACAAGUAAGAAUACUUGGUCAAGUUUACUUCCCCACACUCAUGCGUUUGCAGUCUGAGGACACAGAAUCCAAGGAGGGCUGUAUCAUGAUUCUGCUGCACCUGGGGAAGUUUUUCCCCUCCCUUGAUUGCUUUUGUUUGUUUUUGAGAUGAUAAGUCUCUGCACACAGUAAUGUUACCACAUUGUUAUGAAUACAGUAAGCCUACAACUUAUGUGGGGGUUACAUUCCAGGGAUUGCAUUUAAAGCCAAAGUCACGUAUAGUCAAAACACAUUUGAGUGCAAUGGUGGGUGGAAUUGCCAAAGUCUUUUUUCCUAGAUGCCUACCCUCUUUCCGCCUCCCUUUAAUUUUUUUUUAAAAAAAAUUAUUACCAAGCGCGUGAAGCUGAAUGCGCACAAGUUAAAUGUGGUUAAGUUGCAGGCUUACUGUACGAGGAAAAAGUCAAGUGAAAAAAACACAGGGGCUGUGAAAGUGUUCUGCCUCUUUUAGAUUACUUGUUGGAGGUCUGCAAACACCCUUCUGCAAUGUCUGUGACAUUUUGGAAUCUGAACUGUAGGAACUGAUCUCUAACAAUUGGUGCUAUACUUUGUGUUAGGUGGCUGAAUAUGUGGUGUUUUUGUUCAUUCAGACUCUUCUAUUGGAUACAGAUGGCCUACCUUUGGUCUGAUUUUGAUAACUUGAGUUGCUCAGCUAACUUGUUCUCUUUGGCAGGUCUUGUGCUGGAUUUAAACCUGGGGCAUUUCAUAUAGAAAUCACACGCACUCCUCCUGCCCACACGAAAAAGAGUUAGAAAACUCACUUGGGUGUAUAGAGACUACGUUAGUGGCACUUAGUUCCCACUGAAAUCAGCAGGAGUCGUAACCAACUUUUCGCAUUGAUUUCAACAAACCACCCUGUACCAAACCACCCUGUGAGCUUCAGAUGAAGGGCAGUAUAGAAAUUUAAUAAAUAAUAAUUAUGAUACUAAGGUGGCCUCAAUCCAACUAACUGUGUGUGGACUAUACUGCUUCAAAAACAAACAUUAAUAGGGAACCAGAAAAAAAUUGCAAAAGAUAAGCAGUAAUAAUGGAAGAUAUGUUUGUAAUGUCAGAAUGGUGCACAGGCCAGGCAGUUCUUGAGAUUUGUAAGGAAACAUAGGAAUUCUUUCACACAGAACACUGAAAGUGGCUGCUAACUACAACCUCUUCUCCCAACCUUUUCAAAUACUGGCCUACCAAUCCUCAUCAGCCCCAUGUAUGUCAAGAGCACUGAUAUAUAUGCCUUUGUCCAACUUGCCACUAUAGAGCUGUGGCUCUACAACCCUCUCCCUCCAGUUGGAUUGGAAUGAAUGUCUCUAUUUACAACCACUUUUUGAUGAGGCUGGUGCUAGCUUGUGCUUUGACCUAACCACUGAAGUAAAAUAUAAUGCAGAAAAGCAGCUUCAAAUAUGCAAAGCAGGCACAAAUGAGACUUAGUUCUUGAAAAAGAGUAUGUACGGUAGUAAAUCUGUGUCUGGGGUGUACCAUUUGACCAACUAGACAUGAUGAAUGGUCCAUGUGUUUUAACACGGAACUGCUCUUGUUAUGUUUGAAAAGGUGUACAUGUUGAGUUUAACCGCAAAAGUGGUCAAUGGGUAAGAAGUGCAGAACCCUCCCCUGACUGUGGUUUAUCUGCCUGAACGCUUGGUAGUCCUACCCCAUUCACUCCUUUUGCUGUUGAAAUCGUGCUUCUCACAUUACUGGGCAGCUUCAUGUUUGUACACGGCACUGCCAUCAUCAUAUGUAGCGUCUGGAUUACAUGACUGCUAUUCCACGAUAACAUUCCCUGCACACAGAAAACUUGACAUGACAGGAAGAAGGGUAGGCAUUCUCAGAAACUAGUUCUCAAAGCACAGGGAAUUGUAUUUGGAUGAAUAUUUAGUUACAUGAGCACCUGCCUGCACCAGUCUGAAGCAGUACAAUCCAUACAUAAGUUUAGCACACCUGCUGUAUGUGAAGUCUAGCUACUGUAAACUGAUGUGGGUUCAAAAUUCAAGGUAUCAUGGUAGGGGACUGUUUUCACAGUUAGAAGCAUUUUCCGUGUGGGUUCAAAAACCAAAGCUCCAGCCCUGAGUUUUGCAGCACCUGCAAGUCUUUACCUGUGCUGGCCUCAAAUUACCAACAUUGUUUUUAGUGUUAUGAAAUGGAAAAGGUGAGGAAGGGGCAACAGUAAGUUGGAGUUGAGGUUGGUCCUGGGGAAGGUAGAAGCCCAAGGAAAGUAGAAAGUACGGGUACUGCAAGUGUUCCCAUUGAAAGGGUUAUCCAAAUGGCUGCUCUGCUGGCUGGGAAGAUAUGGUGUUCUAGCUAUGCUGGUUCAAAGAAGUAAAAAUUGUGCAAGCUGCACAGGUGUUCAUAGGAAAAUUAAAAUAUGAUGGGAACAAACUAAUUUUUAACCCAUUUGAAGAGUGAUUUUUAGCUACUGCUGCCCAUGAACCUAAGCCAUGUAAGGUACUAAGCAAACCCCUUGGGUCUCUGUAAAUUAAUGGUUACCUUUGCCAAACAUGUAAUCUUGUCAAAAUAAUCAGUCAGGUUUGUCUAACAAGACCUUAUUUUAUAUAAAAAGCAUGCUGAACUGUA